CCACGUGCCGCCAGAUCAAAAUAUGCUUAAGGGCCUUCCCAUGAUAACUCUUUGGAAAAAUGCAUGGCAUUGUUUUCUGUAUAUCAAAGUUUUCCCCACCAAAAUAUACAACAUAGAUAAUAUAUGCCAGAGAGCUAACUGCUUUCUUCGAGAAAGACACCAGUAAUACCAUUAUACGAUAUAUUGCCGUACGAGCUGAGGAAUCCCUGGUGUUAUGCAAUCGUUCAAUCCGACAUGGCCGCCCCCAGUAUUUGCGGGACCCAUCUCUCACGCCUCCUAGUGAUGAUGGUGCCGCCUUUGGCGUGAGUGUAGUGUGGCAUUGUGAAAUGAGCGUGAAUAACGCAUAUAUGAACAGAAUGAGCUUUACAUGAAAGUGUAUAGGAAUAAUAAGUCAGGUGUGGAGUCUUGACACCCCAAAUUGUGCUUUGAGCUGCUUUAUGAUGGAUGAACAGUUUGCGGACGACGUAAACAUUGCUACCUUGUGCUCGAUGGGAUUCUGUGAUGUGACGGCAAUAAAGAACGCGCUGAAAAAGGCAAACAAUGAUGUGAGCGAAGCAGUAUCGAUUCUCACCGCAGAACCCCCAAGAUUUCCCGAAAUCAGUUAUGAUUAUGGACAGUCCUCACAGCAGCAACAACAGCAGCAGUCUGCUGCAUCAACGUCACCCAUGGAGCCCAACGAUCCGCUCGAGUUUCCAUCUUCGUAUCUGCAAGACUUGCAGAGUCGCGUUUUCGUGCAGGACUGGUCUAUCCCCUACAAAGAAGAUGAAGCUUUAGCGCGUUGCAUGCACGCUACAAUUCGCCUUGUUGAAGCCGGAACGGCGGAUUCAGACGAAAGCUGUCGGCAGUUUGUGGAACAUGUGAUGCCGGAGUGCUUUCGCAAAUUGUGUGCUUCGUUUCCUGUUUCUUCCUGGACUCAGGACGUCCAAGAAGGUGUUAAGCACAUGGCGCUUAUUUUCGUUGAUGUAUGCACAGCCUACUUUAGGGUUGGCUUGGCCCCUGACAGCGUCCUUAGUAUUUUAUCAAUUAUCCUAGAUCCCGAAUGUGAAUUUCACGUAAGAAAUCGAAAUGCCCGUUACGAGGAGCCGUCCGAGAUUACUGACCCUUCACUGGAGUUUGGUUGGCUACAGGAGAUUAUCAAUAAACUGGCGAAUACGGGCUGUACCCAGUUAAUGGUUCAACUGUUUCUGCGGGACGAAUUAUCGGGACCUGCAAUGGCUGCGAUUCUGCAGCCACUCUCAAAGCCUGCCCAACUGUACAGACCAGACUCAAUGAAGCGGUUACUGGAUCCAUGUGUGCAUAAGGCACUUGAUUUUGUCAAUGGAUUGACAGAUGUCGAUCUUCGAACUAAGAACAUUUCCUACCUCCCUGAGCUUGUGAAUGCUCUUAGGCAAUUAUCUGCGUUUCUAUGGCCGGAUCAAUUGCAGGAUUUUACUGGAACAUCCAUGAAAGUAAUCCUACGGCUUCUCAGAAGUUCACACUUUGCUGCACGAACAUGUGGAUUCAAAGAGAUAAUUCAGUUAAUCGAAGAAAGCGCAUCAACGAAGCAGACUCGUGUUGGCAUCGCAAGGAGCUACCUUGUCACAUGGUUCACUGAGAACUCAGUUCUCCUCCUCGUACUUGAAAACAACAUUGAACAAUCUCACUACAAUGACAAACUGAAGUUGGUUAUCGAGUUCGUUGCAUCAACACUAAGCGAGACUGAUUUAGAGCGUAUAUGGGCGAUGCAGGAUCGACAGAAUUGUACAACGGCCGAUAAUGUUCACCACUGCGUUGCAGCGGCCGCUUGCCACUUUAGUGAACCUCUUUUGAGAUUGCUGUUACAGCUGGUAGAGACUUCGUGGCAACGUCAUUGUUCCGAAGAAGCGAAAAAACGCCUUAUGACUUUUCUUGGAAAAAUGGGCAGAGAUCUUAUUGCCGAAAGUGCACCCGUUGAUAACCCUCUGUUGACCCUUGAACUCAUUUGGAGGUUGGUCAAGACACCGCACAUCAGCCGUCACCUUGUAGAGCACUCACUUGAACAGCUACUGGCCAUCCUCGCAGCUUUAAAUUCGAUACACAAACAUAAGGCGAAGAAGAAGUUUGCGGAUGCUUGCGUGUUUGAUAUCACUUCUGGGACGCUGGUGUUAUCUUCUUUGCGGUUUCUUAAAUGGAUUCUUUGCGGAACUUCAAUGACGCGCAGCGCGCCCAACACAAAGCAAGAUAAGAAUUUUCUCGACGAAUUCAAGGCUAGCGUCAAGCUUGUAUCAUUGGCAACAAAGAGUCUCUCCGAGUGUCACAAGAGAUCGGUUGAGGCGUACAUUGCAUGUCGAAAGGCGGACAGACACGCGGCACUCUUUACGAAGCAUUCUCCACCUACGCCAUUAAAGAUGCUCAAGGAUACAACUCCCCUAGAAACAUCAACCCUUCUGGACAAUCUGUACACUCACGAAGAGUAUAUUCUGGAACACCUAAAUUUUCUUGAGUUCGCACUUAACCAGUGCAACGAGUACUUGUCACUGCAGGAAGCUGUCCAGAUCUGGAAAACACUUUCCAAAGAAAACAUGAACUCGUGUAUAUCUGAUCAAGAAAUGUGCUUCGAUUUUUUUGUUCGUUGCAUGAGUGACCUUGACGAAGAAACGCGUCUCAAACUAUUUGAGCAAAAGCUUAUGCAAAUCGACCCUUGCAGCAUUGGCCAAAAGGCGUUUUUAUGCUUCAAAGCGUUUUUCGAGGCCGUAAACCGCGACGCGAAAAAUUUACGCAAAAAUGCCUUUACCGUUGAGAAGCCAGUGCUCAUUGGAGCCGACUACCUUUGGAUGCUUGUCCUCAACAACGAAGUAGAUGAAAUUGCUGAAUUAAGUAUUGAUUUUAUACUUGACAUAUGUUACCGACAGCUGUCACCGGUACUUAAAAAAGAUCCGGUCAAACUGCACACACAGUUUGCCCAACAGUGCUACGUGAGACUGCAGCAAGUGGCCGAUAGCUGCAAUGAUCCACAGCUUGUAGUUGCCAUCUCCAGUGCGGCAGCUGGAGGAGCAGGUGACAGCGCCGCUCCGGAUAGGUUUCCAAUGCCGUCGUCAAACCAAGCGAUCUGCCGCCUACUACAUUUAGUUGAGCGAUAUAUCUCAUCUAUUGAGUCAACUCAUAAUAGCGUUCGCGUUCGAGCACCUCAUGGAGCAUCGUGUUUUGGCUAUCCAAUUAGUUUAAGGUGCACAACCGACGGAACAAACUUUCAGCUUCUACGUUGUCACUCCAAUGCCACGAUUUUGGCAACUAAAAAAAAAGUUAACCAACUGUUGGGUACAUCAGCACAGACAACUCUGUGCUAUCUGAAUGGCGAGGUGUUGUUAUCAACAGCAGAUGACACACGACGCCUUUGUGAUGUCCCUCAGCUAAUGGAAACUGAGGACUGUUGUGUAUACGUGAAGGUACAGGGUGGCUCAUCGCGGGACAAGGAGGCAGCAGGGGGAAGUAGUUCACCUGUUGGUUAUUCUUCACACCUUAAACCUUCUGCUGCCUUUUCCCCGUCUAAUUAUUCGGAACAAGAGAAAGAGCUACCUAGCGUGGUCAUCGCGAGCAAUAUUGCCGUAUUCAACAUGCUUUAUCAGCUAGUUGCUGCGCUUGAUAGUCCAAAAAUCGUACGCCAGGUGCAGACGCUACUUGAUCUGAUGCCUUCUGAUCCACAAGUUAUCGCUGCACUUGAUUCAAUCCGCAGUGGUACCAAGGUCGAUCCCAUGGUUCCGGCAUCAACUCAACGCAAGCUUGCCUUCGACGGACCUGCACGGCCGUCGGUAGUACUGCCACUCCAGCGGCAGUUGUCGCAGCCGAUCAGCCAGAAGGAGGUGCUACACAAACUUUUUGGAUUUACGGGUCAGCCUUUCAAAUUGCUGUAUAACCUUCAAGUUUUAAGUGCUAAACUUAUGCCAGUGAAUCAAGACAACUUCUCUCAAGCUUUCUGUGAAGCAUUUGUGCGCGCUGGUGGCGUGGGUAUGGUACUCAGCGUGCUUCACCAGGACGCCUUCUCCGCGGAAAUUGACUACAAUAUUCAACGCGGCUGCUACUUUUCAGCGCUGCAGGUUCUUCGUUUUCUGUCUUGCGGGAAAAGUGUCCUGGAUUCAGCGAUCCAACCCCCCGCAGACACUAACCAACCCACUGAUCCGUGCCGCACUCCUCUUGCUUCGCCAGCAAAAUGGCCCUCGCAAGCUUCUUCGGGCAAGAAAACCACGGUCGAUUUUAUGCUUCCUUCAUCAUCGAAGACGGGCUUAACACCCCGCAAGGUUGAUCUACAGCUUCUCAUUCUGCAGAUGACCGUAGAGGAGUUGCACACACUGCUUGAUGCGAUCAUACGGGUAGCGUGGGCUUCGGCUGUUGGGUGUCUAUCCGCUGUCAACAACAAUUUACCCCCGAAAGGCGGUUACAUAUCGGAGACUCGUAGACAGGCACAAGGUCGUGUCGAUAGCGGUAGCUCGGCGGGAAGCAAUGGGAGUAACGAUAUCGACAUGCAAAGUCUAUCAGCCAAGCUUGUCGAUAAUGGUUUCCAACGAUUAGAUUCAUUACUAGCAAUUGAAGCACUAGAGUUCCUUGUUGAGUGUCUCGAGCAAAGAAAAAUGCACGGAUUAAGCUACUUCAAGGCACUUCCGUGCGUUGAUUCAUUCAUCAUUGAUCUUCUCGUGAAUGCCACAAGCACAAGUGUACGCAAAACAGCAUCACAAGGUUUCUACCACCUCAGCCAGUUGCAGCAGGACUCUGCUAGCUUCUUUCUGCAAGUUUUACUGAAGUCGCGACUACCCUUCUGGGUGACGUCAAGUCGGGCUCGGGGUCCCUCGCGCCAGGUGUUGUCCCAGUGUCUCGAAUACUUCGAUCUCGUGUAUCGACUGCUCUGCGACACAAAGGCUAACCACACACAGUAUGACGUAGAUACCGGUCAGAUGCUUCUAGAAGAAAUUAAUUGGUUGCAGGCCUUCACCACGACGAAAUCCUUAGAAGAGACCGAUGGGCAGCUAAUGGCUGGCCACUUCAGUCUGAUAAAGGCAUUGUUGCUAUGUAAUGAGGAGAAAAAGAGCACUCUAGAUAUUAAUCUUAUCGAACACCUACUAGAACAGUACCUAUUUCCAGCAUCAUCUUUCAUUAACAAAAAGACGACCAGGGUACCGUUUGAGAGUUUUCAGCCAAAAUGUACGACAAACGAGAGCCGUCGGGCAGCUUACCAGAUUCUCGUUGAACUUUCGCGGGGUUGUUUGACAAAUAUGAUGCAUAUUACUCACUGGCUCCUUAAGCGGCACCACCGACUGAAUAACGAACUGGCCAAGGAAUUUGAAUAUGAGCCACUGAUUAGUGGUCGCAGUAGUUCCGGUCUAGUUGGUUUAAAGAAUGCUGGAGCAACUUGCUAUAUGAACGCUGUACUCCAACAAAUGUUUAUGCAACCCCAGCUACGAGAAGCUGUACUAAGCGUUGAAUGUGAAAAAAACGUCGAUCUCGAUACCAUUCUCCACCAACUUCAAAACGUGUUUGCACAUCUCAAUGAUUCGCAGCUCGAAUACUACAUUCCCGAACAAUUUUGGAACUCCUUCCGAUUAUGGGGAACACCGGUCAACGUGCGCGAGCAGCACGACGCGUUCGAGUUCUUCACGCAUCUCGUUGACCAGGUGGAUGAAUAUCUUGAGAAAAAGCUAAGUACUGACGCACUAUUUAAGCCAUUCUACGAAGGAAUUUUCUCAGAUCAAAAAAUUUGCCAGGGCUGUCCGCAUCGCUACGUACGUGAUGAGUCAUUUAUGGCCCUAAAUCUACCGGUAAAGAGCCAAAGUCUCGUUGAAAGCCUCGAGCAAUUUGUCAAAGGAGAAUUACUUAGCGGUGACAAUGCGUACUUCUGCGAACGCUGCGGUCACAAACGAGAUACAGUUAAGCGGCUCUGCAUCAAGAAACUCCCUCCGGUGCUCACCAUUCAGUUAAAACGAUUUGGUUUCGAUUUUGAGGCUAAUCGCGCCGUUAAGUUUGACUACUACUUCAAGUUUCCGUGGGUGCUCGAUAUGGCACCGUACACUGUGGAGUACCUGGACAAAAAGGAAAUGGGUAGCGGCAGGGGUGGAGAGCUAUUUGAUGCCAACUGCUAUCAACUUGUAGGCGCAGUGGUCCAUAGUGGACAGGCUAAUGCCGGUCACUACUAUUCGUUUAUUAAAGAUCGUCGUGAAAAGCACGAUCCUAAUACGUGGUUUAAGUUCAACGAUACUACGGUUGAAAAAAUUGAUUUAACCGACGCGACGCUCGAGAUUGAGUGCUUCGGUGGGAAUUAUAAGGCCAAAGUGUCUGAUACGUCAUCCUUCUAUCCGGAAGAUCGCGUUCGACACUGGAACGCCUACAUGCUCUUUUAUGAGCGAAAAGAUUUGUUCUUGAGGAAUCCCACGUCAACAAAAACACCUAAAAGUGGUAAAAAUCGUUUCUCCUUCUAUAUAGAAAAAGAGAAGCCACUGCAUGUAGCUUCUAAAAGCGCUUGCCUGGCAUCCGCCAAAGCCGACAGUCUAAGCCAGUUAACAACGCUUGUAGACCACGGGGAACGCAGAGGAUUAUUUCCUUCACGCGUACCACCGCACAUUCAGCAACAGGUGCACGAAGAAAACCUCGAAUUUAUGCACAAUAAGGAGAUAUAUAACAAGGACUACAUGAAGUUUAUACUGCAGCUGUGCUCCAUCAACGCAGAGUGUGUGCAAGCCAGUGACAAAGAUUUCGAACAACUCAUGGUAGAGAGCAUCAAGUUAGGCACCCACUUCCUUCUCAAUACCUACUUGAAAUACAAGCACAAAGACAGCGGAUUUAUUGAGGAAUGGAUUGCGGUUUUGGAAAAACUACUGCUGCUUAGUCCAUCGGCCGCUUUGUGGCUACUGCGUUUUUUCGCACAACAGGGUGCCAGUCUUCUCAAACUAUACUUGUUAGAUUGUCCUCUACGGAACAUUCGGGCAUUCUUUGGUCAAAUCUUGAAUAAGUGUCUUCAGGCGACCAAAUCAUCCGAGGUAGAAACUGUCAUUGACAAAUUACUCGUUCUGCUUGAUAAAGAGGUUGAGGAGAGCUGCAGACAGUGCAACGAGUACCUAACAGUAUUGUCGUCGUACGCUCAAAUGGGCACGUUGUCCUGCCAGCAGAUGUUACGCCUCCAAGCGUACAAGCGUUUAGUUGUUUUUCUGCUUGGCGAACGUGCCUGUGAAUUUGAAAAUGAUGAACAGGUUCCUCGUCGCUGGAGCGCUAGUCAAGCGGCCGAAUUGAUCUUCUUGCACCGUACAUUGGCUAGUCUGAUCCAGGCGUGCGAUCUUUCACCACUGUAUUCUCAUCCACCAGAGAUCGACCAUGUGAUUCCAGUGUCCGUGGAACAGCCGUUACCGUUACCGGACGACGUACGUCAUUCUCUUACCGCACCAGGCGUCUUUAGACUCAUUCAUGAACUUGUGUGCGCCUGUGCCGAAUCUUCAUUGACCCACGCACGAGCCUUGUUCAGCGUACUGGCCCAACUAAGCUUCUGCAAUCGAGAACUAUCACGAGUGAUUAUCCGGCAAGCUAUGGUGCUAUUUGCAAAUCUACCAUCGAAUGAGCUGCGCAACUUAUCGCAGCUGCUAAUGAAAUUGCUACAGGUACAAGAUGGUUUACGCGCGGAACGUGUAGAACUAAUUAUCAAUGGUGCGCUACCCCCUGAUCAUGAUGGUAUCCUUGCAAUUGUCGCUGCUAGCCAGGACAACGAUAGUCGACGAGCCUAUCAGGGCAUCAAAUUCCUUGUCACAUUGGCUACUAAGACUGAAACAGCCAAGGAAUACCUCCUCAAAAGUGUACAGAGUUGGCAAUGGGCCGUCGAGUGGCUCCAGAACCAAAUGGAGCGGUUGGUCAGUAGUUCAGACGGACAAGCUAAGGACGACGGCGGGGUUGAAAUGAGCAAUGAGGACUCAAACACAAAAACGUUUCAGAGAACUGUAUCUGCACAGGACACAUUAGCCGAAGCAACAGCGCUAUUAUCUGAACUCAGUUCCCCUGAAACGGGGGAAGUACCAAUGGAGACAGAUGGCUGACAGCUUUAUCCAGGCCUAUCGAAUUUCAUCGGUCCUACUCUAAAUCUCCCAUUCGUGUCUGUCACUGUAGGACGUGUCUGUCAGGAUUUUGUCACUGUAGCUGCUGGCGAUUUUUAUAUAUAGCUUAGGUAAAAAAAAAAAUUGGGAACAUCUAUUAUUGACUCCAACAAAGGAUGUACUUAUGGCCUCUUCUUAGAUACGGAAUCUGAAUAAUACAAAGGUAGAUUUGGUAUGUGGGUGGUUGUCGUAUGCAAGCAAAUGUAUUUUUGAUAAUGAGUAAUAAAAUUAACAGUAAUACUAAAAAUUAACUAAUAAUUAAGGCUUUAUGGCAGCAAACAGUGCAGCCAGGAGUGUAUAAUAUUCUAGUUGUUACACAAGAAUGAGCGACUGAAGUCUGGAAUGUACAGCCUUUUCUGUCCAUAUGUUGUAUAAUAAUAAAUAUAAUAAAGAUAUAUAAAAAAAAAAGACUAUCUUCUGAGGAUUGUAAUCGACAACGAUCGAAAAAUAAUUGUACUUGUUAAUAAACCUGUUUUCAUUAUCACUCGUAUUUUCUUUUGCUUUUUUGAUAUCUACCGACUCUGCUUUUAAAGGUAUUUGCAUAGAUCAAUGUAUCUCUGAAGUUUUAACCUGCUCACUGAGCGUGUCCGUUCUGAAUUGCAAUGGAAAUACGUAUAUAAUAUUUAUAUAAUAUAUUUGUAUAUAUAGUAUUUUAUAGAUAGAAUUGGUCAUUUUGAUAUUUUUCUUGCCUACUAUAGAUCAAGACUAGAUUUGUCCCCUCUUUGAGCAGAAUCUCAUAAUCAUGCUUAAGCAUUCCGUUUACACGGCAGCAUGAAACAAUCAGAAUUAAUUCUCUAUUGCGAUAUUGCUGGCCAAUUUAGUAUAAGUGGGGUGCUUCAUACGUUCUCUAUCUUCCUGCUGGGCUUUCUCAGGCCAAUUGUUUAGAUAUGUGGUGCGUAAGUUGACUGUCAAUAGAGAAUUGAUGUAUUCGUCCUCCUUUGACGAGCUCUUCGUUUGCAUAUAAAUUACUUUAUCAUUAGUUGACACUAUGAUAUUACAGCGUUGCUUAAAAAGUUAAGCCGUAAUUUCUAAUCUAAGGACGUAUUAUAUGUCACUUAAAGUAAAAAACACCAACUUGCAUGCAGUCCAGUCCUGUUCAAUGCACAUCGACUUAAUAUGAAUUAAUAUAUUAUGAUGUCACCUUGCAAAAUAUGAAGUUGGAAAACUCUGCAACCAAGAAUAAAUUUAACGGUACUUCGUAUCACAUCUUGGCAUGAUUGAUUAAUUUCAGAUUCAUGACACGAGCACUCAAUGCACAAGCAGUUUAAUAGAUCACUAUGUAGUGUAUACACACCCGCAUUUAGUUUUAAUCAGACAAUGUACUUUUACAAUACUUGCAGUUACAAGAAUUAGGC